AUGGUGUGGUUUGUAAUCUGUGACAAAAUUCCUCAGAACUUAAGUAUUGUGAGGAGGUUUAAGGAUAGCAUCAAAGCCGAAUGGAGUCUUCUCGAUAAUAUUCCUGAAGGACCACCUUAUACUUACUUCGUCUUUGCCAAACGAAUCAAUUUAACGGAGGGUGGUAUACAAAACUGCUGCUCAACGAGUUCGAAUUCCUGCCGUGUAGACCACCUUCUUCACAACACUGCCUACAACCUCUCUAUUCAGGCAUGCAUCACUGAAUGUAGUGUCUGCAGCAAAGAGUCAGCGCCGUUGCUCAACUACACCAAGCCUGGUGCACCUUCGAAUCUAACAGUGGUGAGCGCAUCCGCAACGGAGCUUUUUGUGACCUGGGAAGCUCCGACACCCAACGAUCGAGAACUUUGCAGAUACGAGGUUCUUAAGAAUAAUAAGAGGUGCCCACGUGCUGAUUCCAAUCACUGCUACUAUAAAUUUACUGGACUCUCAGCCUGCCAGUCCAUCAACAUCAGCAUCCGCGCCUGUGCUGGAGGAGACUGCGGUCCCUUUGCUAACCUGACAGCGUCAACAACACCUCAACCCACUCGGGUGCGGAAUAUACUUCUGGCAGUUUUCAUUCCUCUGAUCAUUCUACUCCUCCUAGUUCUUCUCUUUGUUUUCCGCAAAAGAAUUCCAUUCCUUCGAAAUUUACUUGCAAAGAAGCCGCAUGCAAAAAAUGCCGACCUGACUCUCUUUCCAAUUGAGUACUACACGCCACCCGGCCCAAGGAGACUAGCGAACGUACCACUUCCCAUUCCAGUAGAGAAUUUCAGAAAUAGCCUACAAGCAAUUAAUGCUGUGAAUGGGUUCCCAUCCCUCUCCCAGGCACUGGCAAUUCUGGCAGUUUCGGAAAUUAAAGAAAAAUAUCGCUUGACUAAAAUGGCUGCUUUGCGAAACGGAAUUCGCAACCGCUACAGCGACAUACUUCCAUGUGAGCUUGGGCCCUAA